AUGGGCAGGCCGCCGUGCUGCGACAAGGAGGGGAUCAAGAAGGGGCCAUGGACGCCAGAGGAGGACAUCAUACUGGUGUCCUACAUCCAGGAGCACGGCCCGGGCAACUGGCGCUCCGUGCCCAUCAACACGGGCCUCAUGCGCUGCAGCAAGAGCUGUCGCCUCCGCUGGACCAACUACCUCCGCCCCGGCAUCCGGCGAGGCAACUUCACCCCGCACGAGGAAGGCAUCAUCGUCCACCUCCAGUCCUUGCUAGGCAACAGGUGGGCCGCCAUUGCUUCUUACCUCCCGCAGAGAACCGACAACGACAUCAAGAACUACUGGAACACCCACCUCAAGAAGAAGCUCAAGAAGCACCAGGCCAUCGGCGCCAUCUUCGCGCCGCCGCCUCCGGCCUCCGACUCCUCCUUGUCCUCGUCCAUCGUCAUGCCCACGACCACCGUCGUCGUCGUCGGCGGCGGCAGCCAUGUCAUCGACCACCACCACCACCGUGACAUGCUCGGCACCAAUCCCCUCGUCUCCAAGGACAGCUACUACGCGCGCCCAGGAGGCUGCUGCAGCAACCCAGACGAGGUCGCCCAGCUCAUCGCCCGGCGCUCUCCUUUCGCCGCCGACGGCGGCGACAGAUCCUCCUCGUCCUACGCUUCCAGCAUGGACAACAUAUCCAAGCUGCUCACCGGCUUCAUGAAGCAGCAGCAGAGCUCCCCGUCCCCCGACGCUGCAGCUGCCGACAUCAAGCCCUCGGCCGCUCAAGUCAACAACAACCAUGCUCUGCUGUUGUCGUCGUCGUUCCAUCACAUGUCCGCCGGCACCGGGAGUGGCACGCCACCUGCAGCAGCCUGCUUCAACGACAUGAUGCCGUCGCCGCCGCAUGCGCAGCAGGCAGCGCUGAUGGGGCACGGCGGCUACGACGACCCCAGGCAGCCGUCCCCGCUGUCUCCGAUAGAGACGUGGCUGUUCGAAGAGGCUGCCGAGCAGGUCGGCGACCUCAUGGAUCUGUCCGAAGACUGCUGCUCAUCAGUUCCAAUGAUGUUUUAA